AUGAACGGGGUCAUCGAGGCCUUGCACAUCUACGACGAUAGCAGAAGCACGCUGCUGUCGCACACGUACACGGGGAGACCGCUGUCGGCCGCCCACCUGCUGCCUCUCUAUCUCGAGCACCCGGCGCCGCGGCCGAACCUGAUAUACCUUCCCAACACCAGCCCGCCCACGCUCGUCUUCAGCCUCGCCCACGCCAACUUGCUGCUCAUCGCCACCUCGUCGAACGAGAUUGAGCCCCUGCUCGUUCUCGAGUUCCUGCACCGCGUUGUCGACGCCCUCGAGGAGUUUGUCGGCGCACCGCUCCUCGCCGUCAAGAUUGAGAACAACUACGAUGUUGUCGCCCAGCUGCUCACCGAGAUGUGCGAUGCCGGCACCAUAUGCACCACGGAGCCCAAUGCCCUGAGGGAGGUGGUUGAGAUGGAGGGCUGGAUGGGCAAGCUGCUCGGAAGCAUCAGCCUGCCGGGCAAAGCGCCCCUGGGUAACAGCUUUUCCAGCCCGAGCACGCCCUCGCUCGCGGCUUCCAAUACACCAGCCCUGCCGUGGAGGCGGGCCAAUGUGCGGCAUACAUCCAACGAGUUAUACGCCGACGUCGUCGAGACGCUAUCCGUCACCCUGGCACCCUCAGGCAGGCCGCUCGCCGCCUUUGCCAACGGAACCAUCGCAUUCACGGCCAAGGUGUCCGGGGUGCCUGACAUCACCGUCAACCUGACGAGCCCGUCUGGGAAGCACAACAUUGGCAGUGUCAUGGAGCUGCCCGUCUUCCAUCCUUGUGUCCGGCUGAACAGGUGGAAAGAGCGCCCGGGAGAGCUCAGCUUCGUGCCUCCAGACGGCCGCUUCACCUUGGCUGGGUACGAGGUUGACCUGCUGCCCUUUUCUGCGAGCGGGAAAAGCGGCAACAUGAGCCACCACAACCUGAAGCUGCCGGUCAACCUGGAAAUGAAGACGGGAGUCGGCCCCGUGGGCUCGGACUUUGAGGUUCGGGUGCAGGUGAACAAGAUGCUCGGCAACCCGGGCGCCUCGUCUGCGAAUCAUCUCGGGCGAGGCAGCAGUUCUGGUAGGCUCGGGGGGCCUCACCUAGGGUCUCCGGGAGCCCCUCUGAUUGACGACCUGAAAAUAACCAUCCCGCUUCCCGAGGACGUGAGGAACCUGUCGGAUAUCCGGCCCAGCAAAGGGGACGCAAGCUUCAACCCAGGGGAGAGGGUACUGGAAUGGCACGUGCCGGCCAAGGAGCUGACGGGGCCGGCGUGCCAGGUUGGACUACGGUGCACGGUGGUCGGGCCGCUGACGGACGACGACGAGCAAGAGUUUGACCCAAGCGGCUUCGGCUUCGGCAACGACUAUUCAUACCACGACGAGCCGUAUCAGAGCGAGCCGGCGACCAAGCCGGGGCGGGACAAGGAGGACAAGGGCAGCGAGCAAGACGCCAGGAAGACGGCGCAGAACAAGAUCCUGAUGCCGAGCUCGGCGUCGGUCAGCUUCGCGGUCAAGGGGUGGCUGGCGAGCGGGCUCAAGGUAGAGAGCAUCGUCAUGGACGCGAGGCAGAGCCGGGGCCUGGGGGAGGGCGUGAAGCCUUACAAGGGCGUCAAGUACCUGACGGUCAGCAAGGGCGGCGUCGAGAUUCGCUGCUAG